UGCUCACUUUAAUAAAUAUCUCGUUUGUUUCUUGUCAUAACCUGUUUGGUUCUCUGGUGGCCCCACCAAGUGAAUGGAAAAUAAAUAGAUUUGGUUACUGUAGUUACUUAUUUUUGUGAGAAUAAUACAAAUAAAUGAAUGCAAACCGCUGAACACAUUAAAAAUUGAAAUGCAUGUUUCAAAUUUAAUAUUGAACUUUUCAAUUAUGCAUUUUAUCAGGUUUUUGUUCUGGUGCGGUUUCAUAGCCUGGUAGUACAGACGGUUAUUUCUUUCUUCCUUUCUUACUUCUGGCUUCUACUGUAAUUUCCUAUGCAUGUCAGGCUCUUGUCUGGUAGCCUUUGCUCCAGUAGGAUCUGCGGUUCUGCAUACGACACAAGAUUAUACUGAGCAAUGAUUUAGUAUUUCUCUCGACAUCUCUCCAGAUUGAGGCCUAAGACUGUCCUGUUUCAAUUCUUAAAAGGAAUCUGAAUGUAGAAGAAAAUGAGCGCACAUAUCCCGGGACGUUUUUCAGGCGCCCAAUCGUCAGCCCUCAGAGGGCCCUUAAAGCAGAUUAAGAGAGAACACUGGGUAUUUUCAGCAAAGCAGGGAUUCGUGGAGAGAUACACUGGUGGGAGCACGAGGACUGUGGCGCGGGGCAUGCCGGGUCUUGUAGUUCCCGGAGGCAAGCCUGUAACGUCGCACAGCUUGCUGGGGAUUGAAGUCCAAUCGUUCGAUAGGCGUUGGACGGCCGCGAUGCGGUUUGUUUACCGCAGAAACACUGCUUACAGAUCCUCUCCGAUGUCUCUGCGCUCGCCACAGCAGUGACUGGAUUAUGGCACAUGUCUCAAUUUUUCCUCAACUGAAGUUAUGAAGCACACACUUACGAGCUACAUUUAAUCAUAUUUUAAAUCAGUACAGAAGAUUAAACUACAGAAGAAUGCAAUCAAGUGAUGGCUUCUUAGAGUUUGAAUAUGGAAGCCACGGGAACAGAUGAAGUUGACAAGCUAAAAACCAAGUUCAUCUCCGCUUGGAACAACAUGAAGUACAGUUGGGUGUUGAAAACAAAGACAUAUUUUAGUAGAAAUUCCCCUGUAUUGUUGCUUGGAAAAUGUUACCACUUUAAAUAUGAAGAUGAAAAUAAAAUGUUAACUGCAAGGUCAGGAUGCACAAUAGAAGAUCGUGUAAUUGCGGGAAAUGUAGAAGAAUUUCGUAAAGAUUUCAUUUCCAGGAUAUGGCUGACCUACAGGGAAGAAUUUCCUCAAAUCGAGGGCUCCGCGCUGACGACAGAUUGCGGCUGGGGCUGCACUCUGAGGACGGGCCAGAUGCUGCUGGCGCAGGGGCUCGUCCUCCACUUUCUCGGCAGAGCUUGGACCUGGCCUGAUGCAUUAAACAUUGAAAAUUUAGACUCUGAGUCAUGGACUUCCCACACUGUAAAAAAGUUUACUGCAUCCUUCGAAGCAUCGCUGUCAGGAGAAAGAGAACUCAGAACUCCAACCGUUUCUCUGAAGGAAACAGUUGGGAAAUACUCCGACGACCAUGAAGUGCGAAAUGAGGUUUAUCACAGGAAGAUCAUCUCCUGGUUUGGCGACUCCCCCUCGGCUGUCUUUGGCUUGCAUCAACUAAUCGAGUAUGGAAAGAAGUCUGGGAAGAAGGCUGGAGACUGGUAUGGGCCGGCGGUAGUCGCUCACAUUUUAAGAAAAGCAGUCGAAGAGGCAAGACACCCUGAGUUACAAGGAAUAACUGUUUAUGUUGCACAAGAUUGUACAGUUUAUAAUUCCGAUGUGAUGGAUAAACAGAGCGCUUCCCUGACCUCCGGCAAUGCAGAUGACAAGGCUGUUAUUAUUCUAGUUCCUGUUCGACUUGGUGGAGAAAGAACCAACACUGACUACUUAGAGUUUGUAAAGGGCGUGUUAAGCCUUGAAUAUUGUGUGGGUAUUAUUGGCGGCAAACCUAAACAGUCCUAUUACUUUGCUGGAUUUCAAGAUGACAGUUUGAUUUACAUGGACCCUCAUUACUGCCAGUCUUUUCUAGAUGUCAGCAUAAAGGAUUUCCCUCUUGAGACAUUCCACUGUCCUUCUCCCAAAAAGAUGUCCUUUCGAAAAAUGGAUCCUAGCUGUACAAUAGGAUUUUACUGUCGAAAUGUUCAGGACUUCCAGCGAGCUUCUGAAGAAAUCACUAAGAUGCUGAAAAUGUCCUCUAAGGAGAAAUAUCCCUUGUUUACUUUUGUACACGGACAUUCUAGAGACUAUGAUUUUACGUCUACUACGGCCAAUGAAGAAGACCUUUUCUCUCAGGACGAAAAGAAAAGAUUGAAAAGAUUCAGUACAGAGGAGUUUGUCCUGCUAUAGAGACCAGCACACACCUGUGCUUGUUGAGAGCUCCUGUGACGGGAAAAUGAAGAAUAGCAAGUACAUUUGAAACUGUUUUCACAGAUAGAUUAGUUUUAUACACUCUUUUAGAAACUGUUGGAAAUACGUGGGCUUAAAGAUAUUUUUCUGAAGGGAUUGGAUGACUCUUGCUUUCUAAUAAACGCAAGGCGAUUGUGGUUGCGUCUCUGUCCCCCUGAGGUCUGCUAAUGAACCUCUUCCUUGACUGCAAGGCCGCGGCCGUCUGAGCCUGCCCUGCUGCCUGGAGGUUGCGCCAGGCCCUGGAAGUCUGCGGUCACCAGGCCGUACAAAGCCUCAGUCUGUGUUACGAGCAGGAGGCCAGAGAAGGAGUCGUCGGUGGUACAGAGUCCUGCUCUUCGUGCGGCCGGAGGCCUCUGGGACGUGGCUUAAUAAUUAAAUAGGACAGUCCUUGUUAGCUGUGAUGUGCGUACAAUUAUAUAAGCAGGAUUUUUUAGCUAAGGUAAUACUUGGCAAUAUGAUUUUAUAAUGGCUUCUUGUGCUUGCAGGUACCCUUUCUGUGAGGAGAGAAAAUGAAGUACUAGCUUUUCCUGGGAUUUAAAGGUUAUGUUAUUAAUAGUAACUACGUCCAUUCAGAUCAGGUAAAGGAAAUACAAAGUAUAGUAGUAGUGUUUGUUUCCUACCUCAAAAAUGGAAUUUUAGGAGAAUUCAGCUUAUGUGGUUUUUAAAUGUGCGGAUACGUACCAGGGAAGGCACCAGUAGGUGCGCCUCUGAUUUUGGUUAUUUGUAUAAAGCAGGGUAGUAGUGUUUAGAAGCCAAGGCUAUUUACAAGGUAAAUCUGCCUUAAGUGUGUUAUGUGCUACUUAAAGGCACAUUUGUGAUGUAAAAUAUCAGUUACUGUUGAGCCAGGAGUAUAAAAUAAAUACUUUAAUAAAGAUAUGUAAACAUAAAA